CGCCGCCGCCGCCGCGGGAGCCGGAGCGGGCAGGGCCGCUGAGGCAAGAUGGUGGACUACAGCGUGUGGGACCACAUCGAAGUGUCGGAUGAUGAAGAUGAGACGCACCCCAACAUCGACACAGCCAGCCUCUUCCGCUGGAGGCAUCAGGCCCGCGUGGAGCGCAUGGAACAGUUCCAGAAGGAGAAGGAGGAGCUGGACAGGGGCUGCCGAGAGUGCAAGCGUAAGGUGGCCGAGUGUCAGCGCAAGCUGAAGGAGCUGGAGGUGGCCGAGGGCGCCAGCAGUCAGGCGGAGCUGGAGAGGCUGCAGGCCGAGGCGCUGCAGCUGCGCAAGGAGGAGAGGAGCUGGGAGCAGAAGCUGGAGGAGAUGCGUAAGAAGGAGAAGAGCAUGCCCUGGAACGUGGACACGCUCAGCAAGGACGGCUUCAGCAAGAGCAUGGUCAACACCAAGCCAGAGCAGGCAGAGGAGGACUCGGAGGAGGUGAGGGAGCAGAAACACAAAACCUUCGUGGAGAAGUAUGAGAAGCAGAUCAAGCACUUUGGGAUGCUCCGCCGCUGGGAUGACAGCCAGAAAUACCUGUCGGACAACGUCCACCUGGUGUGCGAGGAGACGGCCAACUACCUGGUCAUCUGGUGCAUUGACCUGGAGGUGGAGGAGAAAUGCGCCCUCAUGGAGCAGGUGGCCCACCAGACCAUCGUCAUGCAGUUCAUCUUGGAGCUGGCCAAGAGCCUCAAGGUGGACCCCCGUGCCUGCUUUCGGCAGUUCUUCACCAAGAUUAAGACAGCUGACCGCCAGUACAUGGAGGGCUUCAACGACGAGCUGGAGGCCUUCAAGGAGCGAGUGCGUGGCCGCGCCAAGCUGCGCAUCGAGAAAGCCAUGAAGGAGUACGAGGAGGAGGAGCGGAAGAAGAGGCUUGGCCCUGGCGGCCUUGACCCCGUGGAGGUCUACGAGUCCCUCCCUGAGGAGCUCCAGAAAUGUUUUGACGUGAAAGAUGUGCAGAUGCUGCAGGACGCCAUCAGCAAGAUGGACCCCACCGAUGCAAAGUACCACAUGCAGCGCUGCAUCGACUCUGGCCUCUGGGUCCCCAACUCCAAGUCCAGCGAGGCCAAGGAAAAGGAAGAAGCAGGGCCUGGGGACCCCUUGCUGGAAGCCAUCCCCAAGCCAGAAGAUGAGAAGGACGUUAGUGCGUGACCUGCCUCCGCUACUGCCCGCCUGCCUGCAGGCCCCUGCGCUCCCCUUUUCAGAAAACAACAAUAGAUACCAUCUCCCCAGUUCGUGGCUUC